UCGCCGGGAAUGCGGAAUGCUCAAUAUGGAUUUCUCAGCGAGUGGUGCCAAAGCGAUCCUGUUUAUAGCUCUCUUGCAUGGCUGUCUCUUUCUAAUUGCUGGAUCCGGCACCGAAGAUCCUCUAGACAGUUCCACCAUGGACAUCUCGUCUCGGCGCUUCAGAGCCGAGUUCCUCCAGGAAUACCAAAUGUCUGCGGAUGCUCCUUACUUCGAUGGCAGCACUCCAAGGAACAUCACUGGCCUGGUCGGGCAUCCAGUACGGCUCCUUUGCAGGGUUAAGAAUCUGCAGAAUAGAACGGUAUCAUGGGUCCGGCACCGGGACAUCCACCUGCUGACGGUGGGGCGCUACACGUACACGUCGGACCAGCGCUUCGAGGCGCAGCACAAGCCGCGCUCCGAGGAGUGGGCGCUGCGCAUCCGCAGCCCGCAGCGGCGCGACUCCGGCCAGUACGAGUGCCAGAUCUCCACCACGCCGCCCAUCGGCCACGCCGUGUUCCUCAACAUAGUAGAACCAGAGACAACGAUAUCGAGUGGUCCAGAGCUAUUCAUUCAGGCGGGGUCCACUAUCAAUCUGACGUGCACAGUCCGCCACACACCCGAGCCGCCCUCAUCAAUAACCUGGACGCAUGGUGAACAGGUGAUAAACUUCGACUCAGCUCGUGGUGGGAUAUCGCUGGUGACGGAGAAAGGCCUGAAGAGUACCAGCCGACUGCUGGUGCAGCGGGCCAGAGGUGCUGACGCGGGCUUGUACACAUGUGGGCCUAACAACGCACCUCCUUCGUCCACUAGGGUGCAUGUGCUAUCAGGUGAGCACCCAGCUGCAAUGCAGCAAGGCUGCGCAAAAUCUUCCCUGGACAGAAUAACAUCGAUAUCAUGUUGUUUACUAAGUGUAUACCUAUUGAGAAAACCAUCAUUCAGCAAUUUGCAUUUCGGUACCUGAAUAACGAUUGUACACAAUGUGUACGAACAAGUUUUUUUACACAACUUUAAAAAAUUAUAAAAAUAAGGUUUAGAAUUGGAUAGCGGAGUAAAUUUUAAUCAUUAAAAGUCAAAGACUCUAUAAAACUAUUUCUAGAUAAAGAUAGAAAUAUUAUAUUCUCGCACUUAAAGAGGUUCAAUUUACUUGGAUAUUCUCAAAAACCUAUCUAUGUUGUGAAUAAUAAUUAAUUUUCAUAAAAUGUCUUAAUUAUCACUCAUUUUUAUUUAAUUAUAUAUUUUUUA